UCCAGCAAACUCUCUCUCUCUCUCUCUUCACUCAAGCUUCGUUAAAUUCGGCAAAUCUUUCUCGACAAGAAAAGAGAGAGAAAAAGUGAGCUGUGUGAUCUUCCCUAUGGCUCAGGAGAGACCUGACGAAGAGAAACCUGAGACUUGCGAAGUUCGAGUCCAAGAUCGGAUCCAUGGAGGAGCUUCUCCGGUUCAAUCUCCGACCCGUCUCGGCCCAACUCGGUUUUCUGAAGUAGCUGGAGAAAAGAUUCGGAAUAGUGGGUCGGAAUUUGUCGGGUCGAUUUGGUCUUGGAUCAACGGAGAUUCGAACCGGAAUCCGAAAAAUCCGGUUAAGCGAGGAAAACGGAAGAGAAUUCGAACGGCGAAAACCGCCGUGGGAGUAAUCGCACUUGUGGGUUUCUUCAUUUUUGUCAAUUGGUUUAUGCUCUCUCAGCUCCAUGAAGGUCGGGCUUGGCUUCGUAGAGGAUUCUCUAAAAACCGGAAUCCAAAACCGAACCCGAAACUAAACUUGGAUCCGAAUCCGAAUCUGAGUCCGGGUGUGAAACGUGCUUCUGUUAGAGUGUCGGCGUCUGUACAGCAUGGAGAGAAGAAAAAGAUGGGAAAACCAAAGAAGAAAUAUAACGGAACUUAUGGUAGAAUGUUGGCUUUGGCUGCUCAUGCUUUGGCUGAGGGGCAAAACAAACUUGAGCCGAAAGAGUUGUGGCGAGAACCAAAGGACCAAGCUUUGGCUUGGAAGCCUUGUGCUGAUCAACGUUCUUGGAAACCAAACGAUGGGAAAAAUGGAUAUAUAAUGGUAACUGCAAAUGGUGGGAUCAAUCAACAGAGAGUUGCUGUUUGUAACAUUGUUGUUAUCGCUCGGUUACUCAAUGCAACACUCGUUGUUCCCAAAUUUAUGUUCAGCGAUGUCUGGACCGAUGCAAGUCAGUUUGGAGAUAUCUAUCAAGUGGAACAUUUUAUAAAGUAUCUAUCUCCGGAUAUUCGAAUAGUAAAGAAACUACCAAAGGAGCUUCAGUCUCUAGACCUUGAAGCCAUUAGCAGCGUUGUUACGGAUAUGGACGUAAUGAAAGAAGCCAAGCCAGGGUUUUAUAUGAAACAUAUUCUCCCUCUUCUACUCAAGAACAGAGUAGUCCAUUUCUUCGGAUUCGGAAACCGCUUGGCCUUUGAUCCAAUACCGUUUCAGUUACAGAGACUGCGUUGUAGAUGUAACUUUCACGCGCUAAGCUUCGUUCCAAAGAUACAAGAAACGGGUGCGAUUCUCGUGAGGAGAUUACGAGAUAGCGGAUCACACCUUGCACCGGUGGAUCCGUAUCUCGUUGGUCCAAAGUUUGCAUCUUUCAUAUUAGACAAGAAGGCUGGUCCUCUCCAUAAGGCUUCAAAGUAUCUAGCAGUCCAUCUCAGGUUCGAGAUCGAUAUGGUGGCUCAUUCUCUUUGCUAUUUUGGAGGCGGCGAUGCGGAGAAGAGAGAGCUUGAUGCUUACCGGGAAAAGCAUUUCCCAACACUGGCAAAUCUAACAAAGACGAAAACAAUGCCAUCGCCGGAAGAUUUGAGGACGGAAGGGCUUUGCCCAUUAUCACCUGAAGAAGCCGUGCUUAUGCUCGCGGGUCUUGGUUUCAACCGCAAGACACGCGUUUUCGUGGCUGGUGCGAAUAUUUACGGUGGGACGAAACGUUUAGCCGCUUUAACUAGUCUUUACCCAAAUCUCGUCACCAAAGAGAAUGUACUCUCUGAAACCGAGCUUGAGCCUUUCAAGAACCACUCAUCUCAGCUAGCGGUUCUUGAUUUCAUAGCGUGCGCUGCAUCAGACGCGUUUGCGAUGACGGAUUCAGGGAGUCAACUGUCGUCUCUGGUUUCUGGUUACAGGAUUUAUUACGGAACAGGGAAGAUGCCGACGAUUAGACCGAACAAAAGGAGAUUCUCGGACAUAUUGUUGAAGAACAAUACGAUAGAGUGGAAAGUGUUCGAGCAGAGAGUGAGAAAAAACGUUAGGCAAACCAAACAUGUAUUGGUUAGACCAACGGGACGCAGCGUUUACCGUUACCCAAGAUGUAAAGAAUGUAUGUGUUAUGAAGAUUGAUUCUUUGUUCAAACAUUGCGGUUCGGUUCGGUUCAUUUUUUUUUUCUUUAAACGGUGUAUCAUAGAUUCUACGGUAUUUAUAGCGGCUACACAUUCGAGUUUAU